AUGUUAUUAUAUUUUCCUAUCAUUAUUCAAAUAUUUAGUAUAACUGCCACUUUAUCAAAUGAAAAUGUUUUAUAUGAAAAUCGAUGCAAACUAAAGGUUAUUAAGAGCGGGGCGAGUGUAAACCGCAAGAUUUUUUUCGUGGCGAGACCCAGUUUUGCUAAAAAUUCUACUUUGCACCGCCUUUUCCUCUGAAAAAAUAACAAAAAAUUGAAAAAUAACCAAGUUUGCUCUAUCGCACACUUGUGUGUAGUUCUCUCGGAGUUCUCAAAAUUUUUAUUUUUUUCAGAAUUGCCUUGUGAUCGCAAAAUACAAUAUAGAUCCUGGAGAUAAGAUUGUAUUAACUCGAAUUGUUCAAAUAGACUAUGAUUAUUCAAAAUUCAGUUUGGAAAAAUGUGAAAAUAAUCUGGAAGCUAGAGAAAUCCGAUGUAUAGUCCAAUCGCAAGAUCCAACAUCUGAAAUAGUUCAAAUGCUUAAUCAUGAGAUGAAAAUUCGAAGGAAUAAGAGAGAAAAUGAAGAAAGUAGUUCUAUAUACCUGAAUAAUGAAUGUCGAGGGAAAAAAGGAAUUAUUUGUAAAACAUUGAUAAGUUAUGAUAAAUCGAUCAAUAUAACAUCGAUAAAUUCCACUCAAGAAUCAGAAAUAAAACUACCAAAUUCAACAAAUAUUUAUUGUCAAAUUCAAAAAUCCAAAACAAUCUGCCUAUGUUUUCAUAACGAUGAUAGUUGUAGUAAUUUGGACAGAAUAUUUGAAGAAAUUUAUAUGUUGGAUCGACAGGAAAAUCAGGAUUUCGAUGGUUUUGCAGAGAAUUCAUCAGACAUUUCGAUUCUUCCAAAACUAUUAGAUCAAUUGGACAAUUUUCGAAAGAGUUUUCCAAAAAUCAAAACUAAAAAGGGAUAUGGUUGUAGAAAGCAGAAUGAAAAUGGUGUUGAAGAAUAUUGCGCAUUUGAAAUGAGUUUUUCAAGAAAAUGUGAUAGUUAUAAAUUGGGAGCAAUUAAAGCUUUUAAAGAUAAAGGGAUUAAUGAAAAAUCACUCAUAUACAAGGUAAGAUUUGGAUUUUUAAUUAAAUUAAUUUUUAAAAAUUUCACAUUUUCUAGGAUACUCGAGGUGUAAUUGGGUUGAAAGCUUAUUUCGGAUCAACAAAACCAGAAAAUAUGAAAGAUCCAUCAAUAAUUCUGAUUUGUCAAUUGGAUGCUUGUCGAGAUGUUCCAUCGGAUGUUUUGGUUUAUCGAAUUAUUGUAAGCCUCCAGUUUUCGUUUCAUUUUUUCGAAAUUUUAAAAAUUUCAGGAUGGUUUGAGAGAACAAAUAGAUUCCAACGAGUUAUUCGUUCAAUACAAUCCAAAACUUGAAGAAACGAAAAAAUUUUGUUUUUGUGCGAUGAAAGCCUUUCAAACCGGACUAUUUUCAAGUGACAUGAAAAGUCAUGAUGAAAAAUUCAUAAAAUCAUAUUUACUUCUCGAAAAAUUACAUGGAUAUAUGGAUUUGAGUAUUACUUCGAUUUUGACUUUGAUUUUUAUUGGAAUGAUUAUUGCGAUUAUUGUGCUAGGAUGUAUUUCGAGUAAGUUACAGAUACCGCACUUCAUUUUCAAAUUUGUUUUUUUUUCAGAAACAAAACAAGUUGCUCCACUAAGUAUUGAACAUAUGGAAAAAGGUCGAUCUCGAAUUGCAACUUGUAGAUCACAAAUAUCGAAUAUUCAAAAUGCAUCAAAAAAUAGUGCAAUUUCUCGAGAUAAGAGAGAACUUGGUAUUUCUAAUAAUGUUUAG